AUGUUCCUUGACCUCAACUCUCGAAUCUGGCAGCCUACAGCUACAGCAUGGAAUGGAGGCGAGGUUCCUGCGACAUGUGGAGGAUCAAGCAACGCCAACCAAGCUCCGUUACCAUCUCCCCGUCGGUAUGACACGUACAAGCCAGACUACUCCCUCCAGAGGGAUGAUACCUACACACAAGAUCAGCGCCCCCAGAAUUACAACGGCGACACCCCCGAAUGCCCCCGACAACCAUACAUGAACGCACGGCGCAGUUCCCCUACCACGUCACUCGACUCGGCAGCUGCCCAGCACGCUAUCCGCUUUCCACCCGACGAUGAAUCCGAAAAUGACAUCUCCGAGCACUACUUGACACCGUAA